GGCUUACAGGCUGUUGGCCUAUUUUUUGUGCAAGGCAACCUUCACAUACAGCCACUAUAAAUGGAGCACGCGACACUGCAUGUUUGCAUAUCCAUCAGUUAUAUUUCCACAAGCUAGUUAUAUAUAGUAACAGAUUACCAAAGUUUAGGGUAUAAUUAUUUAGUGAAAUGGGUUGCCCAGCACCUCCCAAGCUUCCUACUAUCAACUUCUCUGCCGAAGACAUGAAGCCCGGAUCCAGUUCUUGGUUGUCCACCGCCAAACAAGUCCGCUCUGCACUCGAAGAGUACAGCUCUUUCGUCGUACAGUACGAUCAAAUUUCUCCAGAACUUCAGAACAGCAUCUUCGGCCAGGCCGCAGAUCUGUUUGAGGUUCCCUUGGAAAACAAGGUAAAGAACGUUGGCGAGCAACCAUAUCAUGGGUACGUGGGUCCACACCCCGGCAUUCCACUCUUCGAAAGCUUGUGCAUCGAUAAUGUGACAUCACCCCAGGCAACUCUCGAGUUCAAGAAUCUGAUGUGGCCUGCUGGAAAGAAAAACUUCAGUGAAACCACAGAUUCCUUUGGCCAGUUAUUAGCUGAUUUGGAACGAACAGUGGGACAAAUGAUAUUCGAUAGCUUUGGGGUAGGAAACGAAUACGAGUCUGUUGCUUGUUGCAACAGUCACCUCUUUAGAUUCAUCAAAUAUAAGGUGCCGGAGGACACUAAGACUGCGUUAAGGUUUCCAAUGCAUACAGACAGUAAUCUCACAACCAUAGUUGUUCAGCAUGAUGUUGGUGGGUUGGAGGUUAAAACAAAGGAAGGUGAUUGGAUUAAUAUCGAGUCAGUACCCUCGCAUUUCUUGUUCAUGGCAGCCGAUGGAUUGCAGGUGUGGAGCAACGACAGAAUAAAAGCUUGCCAGCACCGAGUGAAACAUCGCGAAAACAGGACGAGAUACUCACUCGGUCUGUUUACAUUCAACAACGGAGUCAUACAAGUACCGAAAGAACUAGUGAAUGAUGAGCACCCGCUGCUCUAUAAUCCAUGCGACAGUCGUGGCUAUACACGAUUUCAUGCUUCAGCAGAGUCCAAGAAGGCAGCUUCUCCUAUCAAAGCUUAUUGCGGCGUCAAAGUUGAAAACUAGAAUUUAUGGUUGUCACCGAGAAAAAAAAUCGUGUAACAAAUAACUUGCCCUAUGCGCUAUAUAUGCGCAUUCUACAAAUUUUUAUUUUAGUUUUGAUUUGUUGAUUUUGAUACUAAUGAAAGAGAGAUUUUUUCUUUUGAUGUUGGGAAGUUACGAAGGAAGAAGUAACUGUCCACACCAACGUCAUCAGUUUGUUCUCAUGCAAAAAGAUGACGUUGGGAGGUUAAGAAGGAAGAAGGAACUGUCCUCGCCAACGUCAUCUUCGCAUGAGAAGA